AUCUGCAAUGAGUUAAUGUCUUAUAGACACAGAACAAUGGAAUGUAGUGUGAAAGUUUUAUUUGCCAUAAUACUGGCCACACUUGCUGAAGUGAGCCUGGGGGCCUUGAUCAACCAGAAGCAUUUCACACAGAGUCCAGAACUGCUUCCUCCCCUAGAGAGCAGCCGGGAUUGUCCCUGUAGCCAAGACCUGCUGUGUAUGCCCCUUGCUCAGGCCAAGGAGAAAAGUCCUUCCGCACCCCACGUUCGGGAAUAUGUCAGGAAGUCCGCAAAGAAAGAGGUAUUUGCAUUUGUUCUUAAGUGUGAUUCUUCAGUAUGGAGCAAGUUUGACUGGACCAAACUAACAACCAUUGCUAUUGCUGGGUUUUAUGAUCCACAUCUUGUGUGUUUUGCUCAUCAGCAUGGAGUGAAAGUUGUCAAACUAGGUAACUUCCCAACAAGCAAACUGCCCAAUGCCACUGCUCGGGCAAACUGGGUUGACAUGCAAGCCAGUGACACAGCCCUUAAAUUCUUGGACGGAAUAAACAUUGACUAUGAGGAUGCCAUUGAACCAAACACUCCAGAGCAAAAAGGGCUCACAAGCCUUGUCCGAGAGACUGCAAGUGUUUUUCACUCUGUCUUGCCUGGAUCACAGGUAUCUUUUGAUGUUGCAUGGUCAGCAGAAGGUAUAGAUGGACGAUUCUACGAGUACAAAGCCAUUGCUAAUUACAGUGAUCUGAUAUUCAUUAUGGCCUACGAUGAGCAGAGUCAGAUCUUAGACGGCCCUUGUACUGCCAGACCAAAUUCAGGCAUCUACAAGACAGCACAAGGGAUAGAGUCUUACAUAAGUUUGGGUAUUCCUCCCCAGAAGAUGAUCCUGGGUGUUCCCUGGUACGGGUAUAACUACCCAUGCAUUAACUUGGACAAGAAUGGAACAUGUUUCAUCAAGGAAGUCCCAUUCCGAGGUGUAAAUUGCAGUGACGCAGCUGGGAAGGAAUAUCCGUACAGCUACAUGAUCAACACUAUGGAGGCCAACCAUGCACAAUACCACUGGGACAAGAACUCUCUUAGUCCUUGGUUCAAUGUCAAGGAUAAUACAACAGGAGGGUACAGGCAGAUGCGCUAUGAUGAUGAGAGAAGUCUGACGUACAAGUACAUGUUGGCCAUCAUGAAUGGUAUGAGUGGCGUCGGCAUGUGGACAGCCAAUUUCUUAGACUACUCAGAUACUGCAGCAGCUGCUAGUCAACAGAGAGCCAUGUGGAGUUUGCUUCCUUAACAUGAUUUGGGAUGAUUUGUGUUUAUAUAUUUGGGUUUUGAAAAUAAUAAUAUUAAUAAUAAAAAGUGAAAUAGAUAAGCAAAUGAAUAAAUGAAAGGAAAUUUCAUUGUAUUUAUGUCAUAGAAUUUAGCCAAAUGAUUGUAACUUCACAGUGAUGUAUUCGUUUUGAUGCUCAAUAUUAUUUGGGAAGUUGGAAAUGAUAGUAUCAAAAAUACAUACUCCUGUACACAUAUUUUUUAGAAAAGAAAAACACAGAUAUAAGAUGUGAAUGGUGAUAAUGUUCCUAAUUUCUGUGAUAAUAUCUUAUUUUUGUGAACUGUAUAUUUUUCCAUAAAGAUAUUUUUUUGAUCUUCUAUGAGGCUGAAUUACUUGAUUGCUGUUAUAAGUAAUUAGCCAGUGUUGUUAGCGAUGGGGAUUUGUAACAUAAUUUAAUGAAUAGAUUAUCUUUUCUACAAUAAAUACAAAUGUAUUUGAUUUUAAAAAUAAAGAUAUUAAAUUUA